AUGGCCGACAUAAAUGACGCAUCUCCUUCAGAGAGUGAGAUCGACAUCGACCUUUCCCAUGAUCUCGACACAGGAAACAUAGGGAGCAUUGACAAAGAAGACCUGGAUGGCCUUUCAAACAACGAUAGCAUUACUCUAAGAACCUCACCGACGCCAUUUGAAGAGGACUUUCCUGACAUACCCGAUACUCAGAUCGCAUACGCUCUACGCAAAAGAACCGAAAAGAACAGGUCAUAUACUUUCUUGGACCAGGAUACGUCAGGGAACUUUGAUCCGUUCAAGGAAAAGCGUACCCCUAAGAAGAAUAAGACUUACGCUGUGAAAUUUCCUAAAAAGGUUCCCGUGAAGGCGCAAGGUAGCAAGGCGCAAGGUAGCAAGGCGAGCAAAGCGGACAAGACAAGCAAGCUGGACAAGGCGAGCAAGACGAGCAAGACGCAUAAUGCCCGUAAUGCUCCCAAAUUCACUGCCACCCGCAAAACCACCAAAGGCAAGAAUAAAGUAAAGUCUAAGACCUCACCAUCUAUAGGGCAAGAGCAAGGCAAAGCCGAGAAACCGCCCCGUAUUGUUGAGCCCCGCUUCAGCAACUACCUUACUCCGGAAGCUUUGUGGAUACAACCAGUAGUGUCGCGCUCUCCAAGCCCAGACAUUCUCGAAGACACGGCUGGAAACAGGGGCCAAGUCAUUCAGAUGAAGACUAGUUUCACACAUCCAAUUCAAUUCGGUGUCGGUGUUGGAGACGUUGAUACCUUGGACUGUAGCUUCUGCAAUAUGGCCGAAUUUAGCUUUGUUGGCUAUUUUGAGCAAGAGGUGUACUGCAUACGCUGGGAGGACGGGUGUGGAUAUACACAUAUAGGUGGCGGUCAGACUGAGAACGGUCAAACCAGCAUGUGCCGGUCAUGCGCAAUAGACCGGUUACAGAUCAUAUCGUGCGACAAUCAUAACAUUCAACGCAUAUACCCAGACACUGUUACCGUGGAAUUUGCACAGACUCUCGAUGAUUUGCUUACAGAGGAAGACCCCGCUACAACUAAAAAGCAGUUACUACGAUGGUGCUCUAUGUGCUUUUCACCUGCAGUAUUCGCCUGUUGUAAGCGUCAGUCAUCACUGGUUUCCGAAGAUGAUGAGAUUGACGGUUGUGGCCUGAGACUCUGCGCGGCCUGUGAGAUAAGGCUCAGAGAAACAUUUGAGGGGGAUAUAAGUGCUAUGGCUACUACGCUGGAUGGUGAGGACAAAGCUAAAGAAGACGACGAGGAUCUGCAUGGGAAGGUCAGAGCGGAUGUUGGGUUCCUGAACGCAGAUGGAAUCUUGAUGAAUAAUCUGGCAAUCGCAACCGAGGACGAGGGUGAAUAA